AUGGAUCUCUGCGCGCCGUCAGUUGCGCUUGACGGGCCGGAGAGGGUCGAGUUUGAGGAACUCGAGAAGAGAUUCUUCAACGACCUCGGCAAGGCGAAAGCCCAAAUCACGGUCAGGCUGGAGGAAUCGACGCGCGAGAAGGCUAUGCUUGAGCGCAAGCUACAGGCUGUUUGUGCGCGCAUGCGCGAGGACAACACAAGCCUUGAGAAAUUAACGCAGGACUACAGGGUCAAUUUGGCCAAAUUGGCGACAAGUCGCCGGAAGGCGUACUACGACAUGCAAGACCACUUCAAGAAGAACAGGGACGAAGGGCCAUUGAUUCCGGCUAUAAUAUCGCAACUAAGGAACCCGCAUUUGGCCCAAGUCCCGGGCGACGCGCCCGAGGAUCGUGGUGAGCAAGGUCAACGCAGCGAUGACGCAGCGAUGGGCAUCUUGGUACAUCACUCGGAUGGUCAUGUGAUUGCGCCACUCAAGAAGCUCCCAAUGGGCAGCCCCUGGGUUGACGCGUUGCUCAGGCUGCCUGUGAAGAGAGAUGUUCAUAUCAGGGCGGGUCGCAAGUUUAACUCGGUAAACCUGGACCCCAUCUACGCCGAGAUGCAUGGCACGAAGCCCUCCAAGUGGGUUGCAUUUAUGAUUCAAGCCGUAGGCGAAGUGCAGUCGUCGCCGUGCGGCAACUGCACUAAACCUGGAGGUCUCUUCGCGGAAUGCAUCAAGGUCCCCACAGAUAUGUUUGGGAGGUGUGGGAACUGCGAAUGGUCGAGGCAGGCUUGCCACGUGCGCACCGUGAUCCCUGACAGCCAAGAGACCGUGGCGACGGCGGAUGUGGAAAUGAAGGACGUGGAUACGAUCCCGCCCGCCUCCAUUCUGGCUCCUCUUAACCGCGGGGAGGAUGGUGACAGCCGCCAUUCACUGCCCUUGGUCAUGCAGAGGCCGCCCAGCGUGUCCGGGAAGCGCGUUCUUGCCCCCAAACCCGGCACGGCUCUCGAGCCACGACCACCACCCUUAUUGAUUCCGGGGGCCUCGGAGGCGGUGAUGUCUCAUCGACCGAUCGCGCCGGCACCACCUCGGGGAGGGGGCCCUCUAGUGGAUGAAAGCUUGGAAGCAAGAAAGAAAUCUCCCGCCAAUGUUGCCGAGUUCGACCCGGCGGAGAGAGAGAAGCUCGUGAACCCGACCAUCUCCCUUGUUAAUGAUGGUAGCGUCUACACCCAUCCCGAGCUCGUGGCUGGGGUUCCGCUGGGGAAGAUUAACGAGGAGCACCCGUACUGGGACCCGGCAUGGAAAGACCCAGUCGCGCUCACGAAGAGCGUGCUUGCUGGGUACAAAGAGAAGCACGAGGCCAGUCUCAGCGAUGUCAGCGGAGCGCGGCCGUCGCACGCCAAAUUCCUGCUGGGGCGGCAGGUCAAGCGGGGCUACGUGAUUCUCGAAUUCCUCGAGUCGGGCCCGUUCCACCCGUACCAGUUUGUGGCCAAGAAGUGGACGUCGCCCGGCAUCAUCACGUACGAUACGCUGUAUAGGUUGGCGGCAACGCUGAGCGAGCUGGAGCGGUUCAAGAUCAAGGUUAGCCCCGCCGAUUGGCUACGCCAGCGAUUCUACGAAAUCAUGCUAGCAGAGGGCGAGCAGUUCAAUCUGACCAAGACGCUCAAAGACUUCUAUCAUGAUCCCAAGCUAAAAGCUCUGCGGAGUCUUAGCGGAUUUGGAAACAUUGGGCGGCCGUCGGGUGCGAAAGGCGGGGCCGAGGGCACGAGCAAGAGCCCCAAGGCCGACCGGCAAAGGCGAAAGGACGCAGCCGGCAAUCUCAGCAAUGCAUCGUCGCCGGCAGGUACCCCGCGUCCCCGAAGCGACCGAGGACCGCGUCUGGACUUCUUCAUAAGCCGCCUCUGGGAGGCGGAGGACGAGAAACGCGUAACGGCGCCGCCGGACGUGGCGCUGGCCAUUGUGCCAACCAUGGUAUCGCUGGCAGCGGAAACGGCAGCGACAACGACACCGGCAACGCCGGUAGAGGUGGAUGAGUUCGCUUACGAAGGAUUUACGGACACGGACUCGUUAUGUGGUGACUCGGUGGACAAUGACGAUUACAAUGUGCGGCAGGUGCGGACGCGGCAGCAUACGACACCCGAAGAGGGCGCGCAGUAUUGGCACUUCAUCCAGCACUACGACGACCUCGGCACAUGGGAGCUACACCUACUCCAGAGGGCAGACCCGCCAGACUGGGUACGGUACGAUCCGCCGUUUAACUUUGGCGUGUUUCUCGACGAGAUUGUCGCCGUCACGCACCACCCGGGCACACUCAAGAUCCACGUGCGGCUGACGGUCCCGGAAAGCGGCGAGGGCACGGCGGGCUACGUAAAGGGCGAGGCCAUGGCGUGGUUCAAGCGCGAGAGGACCAAGAGGCGACUCUUGACAUCGUGCCGGGACAAGGGCAUCGCCCUCAAGCAAGCGGAAUCGGCCGAAGACCUGGAGCGUACGUGGGUCGAGCUUGGAGAGAAGUCGCAGCAGCUGAAUGGCGUGUUGGAAGCUGGUGGCGAGGUCAAAUAA